AUGAUUAGAUAUCAUCAAAAACAACAUCAUCAUUUAAUUGAUAAUAAUAUUAAUGGUGAUUGUAUUAAUGAAAAAAUUCCAAAGAUAAAAUUUUCUUCAUUAAAAAAAUCGGCUAAAACAAAUGAAAAUAAGAUCGAAAUUGUUGUGAAUAACGACAAUAUAAUCAUUCCAACAACAAAAAAAGUCAUCGAAACGAUCGAUAAUAAUAAUAUUAUUAGUAGUAGCCAUACGAUAACGAAUAAUAAUAAUAAUAAUAAUAAUAAGAUAUUGAUCGAUAAAAAUCAUCAUCAUCAUCAUCGUCAACAACAGAAGGAAAAAAUCGAAAAACAACAAAAAAUAAUAAUAGAAAACGGUGGUGUCGAAGAAAGCUUACAAAAAGAAAAAAUAGUGUCCGUUAAUAAUAAGCACAUCGUUACUGCUUCUUCUUCGGCUGUUGCUGUUGAAAAUCAUCAUCAUAGUGGCCAUAAAACAACUACUAUACUAACUUCAUCUGUAGCUAAGAAACGAAAAAAAGAAAUUUCAACAACAUCAACAUCUUGUUUAUCGUGGUCGUCGUCGGCAGCCAGUAUUGCUGCUGGUCAGCAAUCAGACAUCGAUAAUAAAAAUAUUAUUGUUGUUGAUGAUCCUGAAGCUAAAAACAUUGUCGAAACAAAUUUUGACAACAGUGUUUCAUCAAAGAUAACAUCGUCGGUGUCUGGUAAAAAAAGUUUAAAAAGUAAUUUUAAAAAUAUUGGACGAGACAACGACAUAAUUAAUAUGAAAGAUAAUAAUACUAAAAUGGACAUUAUGGAAAAUGUUGAUUUGAUUGCUAACAACUCUACUUAUGAUUGCCAACAACAAAUGCCGAAUGGUGAUCGAGAUACUGCCGAUUUCAAUAUGACAGCUAGUAUGGAUGAUUCAAUGGUGGAUGAAUUGACCAAAAAUAUGGCCAAUAUAGGUAAUGAACAAAUCUCAUCGGAUGGUGGAAAUAAUGAACGUUCAGUUACACCAAGCCCAGCAAAUGUACAAGGCCUUCCAUAUAAAGAACUUUGUGAACAAUUACGUCAUCAAUUAGAAUAUUAUUUUUCAUAUAAAAAUCUAUCAAAAGAUCAAUAUCUAGUUUCACAAAUGGAUGAUGAACAAUAUGUUGCCAUUUCGAUUGUGGCCAAUUUUGAUAAGAUACGUCGCCUGACAAAUGAUUUAGAUUUGGUUGUUCAAGUAUUACGAGACAGUACUGAAGUUACUGUCGAUGAAACCGGUACAAAAGUGAAACCAAAUUCAAAACGACGUGUAGUCAUAUUACGUGAUGUACCCGUUGAGAUUACACGAGAUACAAUAAUAAAAAUUUUCGAAGAAUCUAAAUGUCCAGUCAAAUUGGAAAAAUGUGAAUCAACACAUAAUCAAUCCUAUUAUCUCUACUUCCAUGGUGAUGAAGAUGCUCAAAAAGCAAUGACUUACUUACGUGAUGAUUUGGUAUACUAUCCAACGACACAGAUACCUAUUUUAGCUCGUAUUAAAGCCAAACCAACUGUUCGUCAUCAUACGAAUCAAACAAACACGAAUCCAGUAUUGGGACCUAAUGGUAAACCAAAUACUGUAGUCCUUGGUGCUCCAAUGCCAGUACCGCCACACAAUGUGAUAAGUCCAAUAGGAAUUGUGACUGCUCCUAGUCCCGUUGGUUCUACCAUAUCCAGUCAUUCGGCUGCCGUUUCACCCGUAUCUAGUAUGUCUGGAUCAUUCAUUAAUGCAAGUAACCAACAACCAAAUCAUUCGACAACUACUGUCUUAUUGCCAACAAGUGCUACUAUUCCUGGUGGACCACCAGGAACUGCCGAAUCGACAUUGAAUGCAAUACCAUAUCCGAAUGCCGCCAAUGUUUAUCCUUACAAUGUGCCUCCUUUAACUAGAGUUUAUCCACCAACACCAUUCUAUGCACCAAUAAUGACAUCUAUAUCGAAUGCAUAUGAUCUUAGUACAGUGUUUGUUGCCAAUGGUCUGGCACCACAUUAUACACCGAAUAGUAAUGUAGGAAUGACUGGAUCUACAACAGGACAUUCAGGUGGUCCCACACCUCCUCCCGGUAGUGUUUGCAUUCCGCAAGCAAUUUUUAUUCCAACAACCACAAAUUGUCAAAUUGUAAAUGGAAACCAUGUUAUUGGAGCUUCUAAUAAUGGUGUUGGUUCUGCCCCACCUGGUGUUAUUUCGGCUAAUGGCAAUUCAGAAUUCAAUACUGUACAAAUGGUGGCACCAAUGUUGAAUCCAUCUAAUGGCGGAGGAAAUCAUCGAUAUAGUUUUGGUUAUGCGACACCAUCGUCAAAUGUUGGCCAGCCAUAUGCCCAUCAUAAUUCAUCGUAUCAAUCUUCGUACAUGAAAUCUCAUGGAUCACAAUCACAUCAUCGAGGUGGUGGCGGUGGAUAUGGUGCUAACAAUGGAGCAAACAUGUCUGGAAAUGGUAAACCUUACCGUGGAGGUAAUGGAUAUAAUUCCAACAAAUACAAUAAUUCUGGUGGUGGUGGUGGCUCAUCAUAUGGUCAACAUCAUCACAAUUCCUCUAAUUCUCAUCAUGGAGGCAAUUAUGGUGGCCAUCAUGGAUCAAAUCAAAGUCAUUAUCAUCAACAACAGCAGCAACCGCUACCAUCAUCAUCAGCAAUGACGUCUGCUGUUGGGCAAAGUUCAUCUGGCAAUAACGGUAGUAACAAUAAUAAUACUACAACUCCCACCCAAUCAUCAUCGAGUCAGACACAUCCGAUGGCCGGAAAUUCAAUCGAUACGACGAUCAACAACAAAAUUUCAUCAUCCACAUCUUUAUCAAACAAAUCUUCAGCUGCCAAUCAUCAUCAAUCAUCUAAGUCAAAUCCUUCAACAUCGUCUUCGUCGUCGUCAACUUAUCCCAAUAAUAACAAUAAGGUGGUGCAAUCUUCUAGUAAUCAUAAUCAUUCGAAUGCUGCUAGUUCUGAAAACAAUAGCAACAACAACAACAACAAUUUUACCUCGAAUUUAGUGCCACAUUCUUCAUCAUCAUCCAACUGGAACAAUAAAUCCAAUGUUGAUAAAUCUUCGAUGAAAGAAGAACAACAAACAACAACACGAAAUACACAGGCGACAAUUCCAAAUUCUUCAAACCGUUCGGUUAAUCAACAAACUGUGAUCAAUAAUAAUAAUUCGGGUCAAUGCCCAACGAAUACUUCAAAUCGUAACAUGUCGUCAUCAUCAUCUUCGUCGUCUUCGUCAAACACCAAACAAACAUACAAUUCUGGAAUGCCUCAACAAACAUCAAACACAACAAGAGCUAAUUCAUCCAAUCAGAGUUCUCCUUAUCGUUCGAAUUCUAAUUCUUCGAAAUCUAGUGAUCGUAAUAGUGGUGGCUCAAAUAUUAAUGAUUCGACCAACAAUCGGCCUGAAAAAUCAUCUCGAUAUCCACGUAAUAGCUCAUCUGCUGGUAAUUCCGGAAAAUCUUCCUAUAAUAAUAAUAAUAAUCGAGGUAGUGGUGGUUCUGGAAGCUCAAAUCGAAAUGGUUCCGGUCAUGGCCAUCAUCAACAUAAUCAUCAUCAUCAUCAACAACAACCAAAUUCAACAGUAGCCACCGAACAAUCAUUUGAUCUGUUGGCCAAUGCAUUUCCUCCAUUACCUGGUAUCAUAUCAGAUGAUCAACAAACAAAUAUGUCUACCACUGUUCAAACAUCAGAUUCGAUGAGCAAAGAUUCGUCUGAUGUAAAUAGAACAACACCGAAUGUGCCUAAUACAUCCAUUUCCUCUUCAUCGGAACAUCAUUCAAAAUCAACAAAGCAUCAUGAUAGUAUGGCUGAUGUAGUCAAAGGCCAAUCGGGUGAUAAUGUAUACAUAAUUGGUGAUCAUAAUCAAUCUUGUCCUCCUCUCUCAUCAUCAUCAUCUUCAUCUAUUUCCCAUGAACAUAAUGGUGCAACAACAUUCUCAUCAUCAUCAUCAUCAUCGACGACUACGACGACAAUUUCAGCUGCAACAACAACAAACAAUCGAUCCAAUACAAAUACAAAUACUGCUACUAGUCAUAAUAAUCGUAAACAACAACAGACUUCAUUUAGCAAUAUUACUAAUGGUGAAUCAAAAACGAUAAAUGGCAAUAUCGUUACAAUGAACAAAGGACAAGGAAAAUCUUCAUUAACGACAACUAUCAGUAAUGAUAUUAAUUUAUCUGUCAAAGAUUCUGAUUCAUGUCAUGGAUCUUUUGAACAACCUGUGUCCAGCGCAACAACAAAUAUCAAGUCAUCAUUAGUAAAUAAUCCGAAUAAGAAAACAGUACAACUACAAAAUAGUAUCGAAUCGAUUAAUAGUAACAAUAGUUCUUUAGAUAAUGGAACGAAUGGAUAUAUGGAUUGUGAACAUUCCCAAUCAGCAUUGAGUAAAUUAACUUAUUCACAAAUAGCUAAACGUGGUAAAAUGGAGACUACCGCCGAUACGGCUUCUACAAUGAACAACAAUUCCAACACUAUUUUUAUAGAUACUAUGAAUGAUUCGAAUAAUAAUAAUUCUCCAUUAUGUAACGUUAGCGGUGGCAAUGUGCCAUCAUCAGCAUCAUCAUCAUCGUCGUCGUCAUCAUUGAUUGCUACGAAUAAUAUACCUCGUUCGGCUACUACUAAUUCAUCAGCUUCCACAAACGCUUUGUCCCAUACAUUGGUGAAAUGAAACAAAACAAGCAUUUUGGCUUUAAUAUAUCUUUAUAUACAUGUCAUCAUCAUUGGUUGUGGAAUCUGUUUAUCCAGAUAACUUACAUACAAAUACAAAUACGCCUACUCCACAUAACGUCAGAAACGCCUUUCGAAAUUACUCAAUAUUGUCUUCGAAUCGAAUUGAAAAAAAACUAUAUUUUUUAUUCCAGUUUCUAAGAAUGUAUAGUAAACAAACAAAAUUUU